GAUUAGCCCACCACAUUGUUUUAAUUGUUUUAACGGGAGGGAAUGAAACGCUCUCUUAUUGGGGGAUCCUUGGCAGAAAUCUCUCAAGUUCAAUAGUUUCAAAAACUUGAGCCCCUUGCACCCCCCUCUCUUCCCUCAUCCCACCUAAUCCCGGCUAAUACCUUUCUUUCUAUUGGCUAAUGGCUGAUGGGAGCCUGGGUAAAUGCUUCUUAAAGAGUCGUGGGUGAGAAUGGUUUCAGAGAAUUAGAUCCGUGCCACGACAAAGACACGCUGAUGUGCGAGAGAGGAUCGAGUUUAGGCUCCAAACUGGACUAAGAAAUACUGGAUUUACUGCUCCACGACCAGGUCUGUGCUGUGCGUAAAGGCGCACCGGGAUCUCACGCUCCUGCUUCGAGUCCGGAUCUCAGUAUGAACUCGUUGAAUUUCUGUGGAGCGUCCAGCGGUGGAGUGUAUCCCCUCCACGGAGUGAACUCCAUGCUGCUGGAGCUGCACCAGCAGAUGGCGGAGCAGUACCACGUUUACUCUGCAGCCAGCCCCGCAGUGCACACUCUCUCUGUGGCCGAGAGGCUCGCAGAACUCAUCCUGGAGGCUCGAUACGGAAACCAGCAGAAGCAGCGCCGCAGCCGCACAGCGUUCACCGUGUCCCAGCUGCAGGCUCUGGAGAAAGCCUUCCAGCAGACGCAGUAUCCAGACGUCGGCAUGAGAGAGAGGCUGGCUGUGUGCAUCAACCUGCCCGAGGCUCGCAUACAGGUGUGGUUCAAGAACAGAAGAGCAAAGUUUCGUAAAGGUCAGAGGUGCUCCCCGCUCCCCCGAGAUCACAGUCUGGAGGAGGCGUCGCAUCGCAGCAAGGUGGAACAAGAAGAGAGGACAGAGGACAAACACGACAUGAUCACAUCACCUACUGACAGUGACAUCCCUCCCCUCUGCUCUCCUCCUCCUCCUCCUCCUGUUCCUCCUACUCAUCAUCAUCUUCCUCCUCCUCAUGUGAAUAAAACUCUGGACAUUUUCCCCUCUAUGGUUCCUCCAGACUCUGAUGUCUCACGUUUCCCUCUCCAGCUUCACUCCCCUCCAUGUUUCCCCUUCAUGGGAACAGAGCGGUACAGCUACGCGCCUCACCGGCCGGUCGUAGGUGUUCUGUCCUCUGAGCUCGCCCUGCCCCCGGUGUUCUGGCCCAUCAUACAGCAGCACAGCUCAGGCCUGGGGGUUCAUCUAACAUCAGUUAGUAAAAACGGCAGCCUCCCCCUUCAGACUGCUUGUUCUGGUAAAGCUCUGCCUCACCCUCACCUCGGGCUGUAACUGGAGACCUGCACGGUCCAGGACCUCUGCUCCCUGUGGACUCAGGUAGACCUGAAGCACCCCUGCUGUGUGGGACAAGUUUGGGAGAGAAGGUGAAGAAGCACUUACAGCACGGUUCCUAAACCUGAAAUCAGACUGCUGAUAGAAUGUGAUUUUUAUACUUAGAGCUUUAUUGAAUGUCUGAGUGAAGAGAUACGAGGCUGUGGAGCUCAGGAGUGUUUUUAGUACACAAAGGCUUAUUUAGGUCUGAUUGAAUGACAUGUACAGGUUGGUUUUAGAUUGCCAGAAUGAGUUGUUUACACCAUAACAUUAUGGUUCCAAAUAGAACAACUAAAGUAUCCUGCAGCUUCAUUUAGCCGGCUCUGCAGUGAAGUAGCUCAGCAGUAAUAACAAAGGGAAACGCUUACCUGGGAUACUUUCUACUGUAAGAAUGUGAAACUUUAAAAUGUGGAAUAAAGUAUUUAAUUCUC